AUGGCCCAACAGUUGGAGUGCCAGUUGGCGCUCAUCAAGGAGCUGCAGCAGGAGAUGGCGGAAAUAAAAGCAGCCAACAUGGCCGGGAGGCAGCCGGUCCAUCAGCAAGAAGAACAACAGCAGCAGCUAAUUAAGCAAAAGAGACAACAACAGCAGGAACAGAGGAAGCAGCAGCGACAACAGCAGCAGCAGCAAGUCCUUAAACUACAUCCCCAGGACUACGAAACGUGGGUUCAUUGUUAUGAUUCGCUGCAAGAACGAAUUAGCGAAAAUCAUAACUUCACUAAAGAUAUUUUAUUCACCGAUGUAUGCCUUUUAGCCAGGAAGGAAUUUAUAAUGAUUACAAUAGUCACUAGUGAAGUGAAUUGA